UUUAGCAUAUUGGGAAAGUAAAAUAAAAAAACAUGCAAGUUACGUCAAGAGGAUUUCCAAUUCACUUUUUAAGACAGUUAAAUAAUCAUAAAAAGGAAAAUAUAGUAAGAAGUUACUUAUAGUGACAGUGUUCAGCUAAAGCUGUUGUAAAUAUUUCUUUCAUAAAUUGUGUGUGUUAUGUUCAAGGUGCUUCUGUGCAUAUUGCUGGACUAAAUGCCUGGCGGAAACGAGUCAUUUUCUCUGAACGAUAACUUUAUCGCUGUGUGCUAAGCCGGUGUAAAGUUUAUACGGGCUCAUACUUGUUGAAUGCGGCAGUAGCUUCAUUCAAAUUAGGGCCAGAUUGAAAAUAGUUGUGUUCAAAUGGAGCGGUAGAAAUUCAACACGACGUGCGCGGCUUAAACGCACUACUACAAGCUCAGCUCCAAGUACGAUAUGAUUUUCUAGUACAUAUACAUAUACUCACCACAGCGCAACCGUAACCAGCGCCAAAACGUAACUCAGCGCGCCAGGUGAACGAGUUUCCACUGUCGCUGCAGUCGUUUCUUAAGCUCUCUUCAAGUCUGCUUAAAUACUUGGCUGCUGCCACAUUGUAAUAACCUGCGUAAGCCACUAUCGUUGACAGCGACAACAGACACUUUGUUGGAGCUGCUGGAGUCAGACGUAAGUUAUCGUCGUUCCGUGGUCGUCUUUGCCGUUUUUUCAGUUACUAAAUCAAUCUAAAUUAAUAUAUAUCGUCGUUUUCGUUUAACAUAAUCAGCGUUGUGCGUGUCCAGUCCAUUUUGAAUAUAUGUGCAUUAUAUUAUAAAAGUGAGCUUCGAUGUUAAAUUGAGAAUAAAUUUAUUGAAAUUAUUAAGCUUAGCUUAAAAACAACGCAAACAAAAGCGAGUGACAUGUUUUCUCCAAAGAAUAUUUAAAGAUAUACUCGUAUACACUCAAGUAGUUAAUAUAUACAGGACCUGUCGGGCGAUUCAUAACCAAUUUUAUAUUAAAACAAAAAAGUGCAAAUCAAUGUAUCAAAAAUAUUGUAUUUAAUAAACCACUUGAACAAAUACAAAGUUUUAAAACAACAAUAAUACAAAAAUAUUAAAACAAACGCAUAAGAAAGUGUUUAUGAAAAGUGCAUAUUUCGAAUUCAAUAUUUGUUGUUAAUAUAACAGUUUUCUUAAAAAAAAAAAUCACAUAAAAUGGCCUGUUUAAGCACUUCCGGUCGUAAAGGACUUCACGUUGUCGUCGGUACACGCAACCAUCAAACGCAAAAACAUCUCUGUCAAUUGUUUUGGCAACAAAAUAUCAACAGAUCCUUUUGCUCCAACGCAGCCAUUGCUGCAGCGCUACUAUGCAAAAAUACUGCGAACAACAUGUCCUCGCUUUUGCCACAACGCAACUUCCACGGAGUUGGUAUGUUAUUGCAACGCAACACGGCCAUAACAACUGGACAGGAUUAUUUUGCCAAUAUGCACACAAACACAGCUUCCAACAGCAACAGCAGCACUAGCACAACAACCACAGGCAGCUCAAAUAUAAAUAAUAAAAGCACAAAUUCUACAAUAAUAACAAGAAAUUGCCGCCAAUACAGUUCGGUGCACACGCAACAGCCAGCUGGUCCCGUGCGCGAGAUCCAAAUCGAUCCGUACAUCAUACUCGAAGACGAUCUGAAAUAUUUCUACGAUGAUGUCAGAGACCUCCUGCGGCAGGGCACGAGUCAAACGGAGCUCGACAAGAUCGCCUCGUACUACUUCGAUGGCCAGGGCAAAGCGCUGCGGCCCAUGGUUACCAUGCUGAUGGCCAGAGCGAUUAACUACCACUUGAAUAAGGAAUCAAGCAAUUUACUGAACAAACAAAGAUUCAUUGCGCUCUUCUCCGAAAUGGUCCACUCGGCAAGUCUGGUGCAUGACGAUGUCAUCGAUCAAUCGGAUAUUCGUCGCGGCAAACCAAGCGUGAACGCGCUGUGGAAUCACAAAAAGGUUACAAUGGCUGGUGAUUAUGUGCUUGCCAUAGCUUCCAUUAUGAUUGCACGUCUGAAGAGCGAUGAUGUGACGAUUAUUCUAAGUCAGAUUUUAACCGAUCUGGUUCAAGGCGAAUUCAUGCAACUUGGCUCAAAGGAAACUGAAAAUGAACGAUUCGCGCACUAUUUAACCAAGACAUACAGGAAGACGGCCUCGCUCAUAGCGAACGCGCUGAAAGCGACGGCAGUAAUCGCCGAAGCCGAUGAGCACAUCGCCGAAUUGGCAUUCCAAUAUGGACGCAAUGUGGGCUUAGCGUUUCAGCUGGUCGACGAUAUGCUGGACUUUGUCUCAACCGCCGAAACAAUGGGCAAACCAACGGCGGCCGAUUUGAAAUUGGGCCUAGCCACAGCGCCGGUGCUCUUCGCAUGCGAAAAGUAUCCCGAACUCAACCCGAUGAUAAUGCGCCGCUUCAGUGAACCCGGCGAUGUUGAACGUGCCUUCGAACUAGUCCACAAAUCGCAUGGGCUCGAACAGACGCGCUUUUUGGCCAAGAAGCACUGCAUCGAAGCGAUACGAUUGGCGCAGGAGCUGACCGAGUCGCCAUACCAGAAGGGUCUGCAAGUGGUCGCGGAUUUAGUCAUUAAUCGUAUGAAAUAAUAGCUUAAGUAACGGGUGCAGGGGCAGCUGGUGCAACACAGAAUAGUGCAACAUAACACACAAAAAACAAAAACAAAAACAAAAACAACAUACACAAAUCAAAAACACAUUUGCAAAUGUUAAAUAAUAUGAAUAUAAUUAUACAUUUUUAUAUAAAUAUAUAAAUACAUAUAAUAUAUACAUAAAUAUAUAUAAUUUGUAACUAUAUAAAAGCUAAUAUAUUAUAAUACGAUAAAAAGAAGUCCAAAAUAAAUUAUGAAUAGAUUUUAUAUGCAAAUAUGCAGAAAUGAAUAAAUAAGUUAUAAACAAACAAAUAAAAAACAAAAAACAAAAAAAACAACAAAUUAAGCAGCAAAUAAAUGUUGUUGUAAAUACACAAAAGCGCAAAAAACAUGUUAUAUAAAAAUAACUGUGUUUAUCACAACAAAACUACAGUUAACAACAAAAGCGUAGCAAACAUCAUACGUUUACUGUUGUUGUUGUUAUUUCUUUUUUUUUUUUGCAAAUUUGUGAAAAGCAUAAAUAUAGUCUAAACACACAGAAAUAUUAUAAUUUUAAUAACUUUAUGCAUUAGUAUGUAAGUCUUGUUGACAUUGUAAAUAAUUUAUGGUAAUGUAAAGAGGAGCUUGAAAAAGAAGAAGCAACAAAAAUACAAAUAUAUAUAUAUUUAAACAAAAUAUACGCAGGAAAUAAGUUAAACCAAACAGAAAAUAUUUAAUAUGUACAUAACUGAAUGCAUAGUAAUGUUCAUAUAUAUAUAUAUUAUAUGCGAAAAAUAAAAAACACAACAAAAACAGCAACUGACAUACUUAAAAAGCCAGCAAAUAAGCAAACAAACAAACAAAACGGGAGAAAGGUUGGUUUAAACUUAAUUUAGUUUGUAUUAAAGACCGGAAAAAAGGAAAUGAAAACAAACAAUUAUAUAUACACACAUAUAUGUAGAGUAGACAAGAAAUAACUGUACAUACGCUAUGUACAUACUAUAACUAUUGUACAAAUGAGACAGUUGAUAGCGGUUAACUUAAACAGUUUAAUUAUAACGGAAAUUAUAACGAAUGUGUUCUUGAAAAAUACUAAAAA